AUGGCUCGGCUUUGCGGGAGGACCACUGGCGUGGUGGCGUGGGUGCUUGUGUUGGCAGUGAUCUCUUCUGGCGUGGUGGCUCGUGAUACCAACGAAUGGGCCAGCCCCGUGAACGGCACUUGGGAUACUGCUGAGCGUUGGAGCUUGCAGCGCGUUCCCUACAACGAUGACAUUGUUGUCCUGGCUCGUGAUACAUCCGAAGACGACUACGAUGUCACGCUGCGUGGCAACGCCCAAGCGUUUCGCAUCGAAUUUGAUGCCGGCGUCACCCUCUCGUUUGAACCCUCAUCCAUCAUUGAGUUUGCCAACCCAUCCGAUCCGCGCGUCUACACAAGUCUGGGCCUGACCGCAGUCGUCCUCAGCCCGUUUGUCGUACAUUUGUCGUGGAUCAAUGUCAAUGCGUCCGCCCCUUAUACGAUCACGGUCGGAGCAGACACGUAUACCACCACUGGGGCCGAGAUCCUCGUUGACGUUCUGCCCAGCCAAGAAUACGACAUCUCCGUCACUGCCGUCUUAGCUUCAGGAUCGACCUUGACUGGCAAUGCGUCCGUCACCCCUGGCGACCUUGUCACCGCCUUCUGGGACCAACCGGUGGAUGGCGAUUUUGAGGACUACAGCAAGUGGCGGGAUCAAAAGGAGCCAUGCCUGGCGCACGUGGUCUUGCCCACCGAUUCUGAUGAGGAAUCCUUUGUGGUGAACAUGGAAUCUGAUCGCGUCGUUCAUAGCGUUACUUUUGGCAUCGGCGGUGGCGUUCAGCUCGCCAUCGGCUCAACCCUUUUCUUUGAACCCAAAGAGGUGCCGGAAAGUGAUGCCACGCCCGAGGUCGCAGGCUUGCCAUGCAUCGACAUUGAAACCGAGAUUGUGCCUUCGUCGCCAUUCCUUGGCACCCUCACUUGGUACAACGCUUCAGCUGAUAUUACCAGCAUGCUCUUGACGCUGAUUGAUGGAACCGGCGAGAAGACGACCUCGGAAGUCUCUGACCUCACAACCGGCUCACACGUUUUUGACACAUUCCCUAGCCGCACCUACGUACCCAAGCUGACUCUCCGCACUGCUGGUGGCCAGACUCGCGAUGUUGGUUUGCCCAUGUUUGUGGCCCCGCCCAGCGCUAAAGUCUUUCUGUGGCGUGAAGCAGUCCCCGGUGCUUGGAGUGAGCCUACCAAUUGGCAAAACAAUGGCAGUGUGGCGGAGCGAAGCCCAUGUGGCUCAGAGCUAGUUUUCCUGACGGAUCAUGCUGACAGUUUGUAUACCAUCACGCUGGACGUCCAUGCCGCCGUCACUGGCAUCACCUUUGGCGAUGGUCCAGGUGGCCUCGAAUUUGACCCGACCUCCAGCAUCGUCUUUCUGGCACCCAAUGACGACACCGCGGUCGAGUGCCCACCCGCGGUCACCACCACCACCACUACUACCACUACCACUUCAACCACCACCACGACCAGCACUACCAGCACUACCACCACCACCACCACCACGAUCUUGCAGUGUGAACCCUUGACUGCACCUAUGGAUGGCAAUGCUCAGUUUGAGGUCUACGGGGGCAUUUCCAUGGCCUUUUUCUCCUGCAACGCCGGCUUUAACAUGCUGGGCAACCCCGAACUCUAUUGCCGCUACAACGAGGAAGAGGGCGCCGCACAAUGGUCUGCUCCCGUCCCCACUUGUCAGGGCACUCUGUGCGAUGUGGAUGUGGAUGUGAACGUGGUGGAAAGCUCUGCCACGAAUGGUGGACGCUACCCGAGCACCUUAACCUCUUCCUGUCGCAGCGGCUACACUCCCUCCGGUGGUGACACCAGGCGCACUUGCUCCACUUCUGGCACGUACAUGGGCACCCCUCUCACUUGCGUGCCCGUCUCAUGUGGUGACGUCCCAAGCGAUGGCGCCACUCCCAACGCAACCACGGCCACAUAUGGUGACGCCGUGGCUUACACCUGCCCCGCAGGGACUCAUAUGACUGGCGAUGCUGUGCUGACUUGUACGGCCUCGGGCGCCUUCAGCGCAUUGCCCCCUUCUUGCGUUCCCUGCCCUAUCAACACGGCUCAAGCCCAGAGCGGGCAUGCAGAGACAAGCUGCGAGCCUUGUGGUGCAAACAUGGCGACCACUAGUCUUGGCAGCCACGCUUGCUCCUGUGACGUCAAUUACAUCGUGUCCAACGGCGCCUGUCAGGCUUGCCCAAGCGGCUUUGCCAAAGCUGGGAUCGCCAACACCACAUCGUGCCCCCUCGUCAACCUCGGUGUCUCUUAUACCCUCUCUGUGUCUGCUGCCAUGGCAACGGAGGAGAUGGCGGGCGACCUUGAAGACGCGCUGGGCGCAGCCCUCUCAGCCGUGGUAGCGGGUGAUCCCAUCGACACGGUGGCUGUCACCCUGAUUCAAGAACAGACCUCCGCCACGUCGCUCGUCUCUUUGGCUCUCGGCGUCACUACGUCCCAACGUAACAGUGCCUGCUGUGCCUUACAAACCGUUGCGUCGGGCGACUUUUCGAGCCAGCUGGAAGAGUUGGGCUGGGACGACGUGGCCACAACUUUUUUUAGUCGCUCCAAUUGCGACGGCGUGCUGUGUGGUGCAGCAUGCCCCGCCGGGUCAACCUUGAAGGAUGGCUGGUGCGUCAUUUCAGAGCUGACGUGCCCGGAUGGCUUUGUCGUUGUUGGCGAUGCAUGCGUGAGUGAGGAAGGCAAUGUGCGCUGCCCCGACGGGGCCAUCUCGACCCUUGUCAAUGGCUCGAUCGUAUGUACAUGGGCCGUUGUUUGCCCCAACCCGGACCAUGUAUACGAUCCGGAGCGUGGCUGUUUUGCGCCUGACACAUGCGCGGCUGGGGAGGAGCUGACAGCCGAGUAUUACUGCAUUCAGAGUGUGAAGGAUUGUGGUGAUGGUUUCAUCUACAACAAGAGCCUAGUCACGCGCGAAAAUCGCGCCAACAUCCGCGCCGGUUGCCAGGAUAUUAACGAGUGUGCCACCUCCACCUCGCCCUGCUCGUCUGACACCAUGUGUGUCAACACGGCCGGGGGCUUCACCUGUGAGUGCAUUGACGACUCACUGCAGUACAAUGCGGUCCUCAUGUCAUGUGUUGACCCCAACGCUUGCGUGACGCCGCCAGCCAUCGCCGCGCUGGGCAUUAAUUACUUUGUCAAUGGAAAUGGUGCCUGCGUGUCGGAUACGUACGUGUGCAGCAUUGUCAACUCGGUGUAUGACCCGGAGAUUGUGACACGAAAUAAUUUGGCCCUGGCUGGCUUCAAGCCGUGCGUGGCUUCAAACUCCAACUGCACGGUCUCUGGCCCCAGCGAUGCCGUGGUGAGCUGCGUGUGUGCCACGGGUUAUUCGGGUGAUGCACAAACGGGAGCCAACAGCAUCGGUUGCCAAAAUUACUGCAACCCCAACCCGUGUCAGUUUGGGGGCGAAUGUGAGGUGUCGCGUCGUGGUGCGCGCUGCAAGUGUGCCGUCGGCCUGAGCGGCCCCACAUGCUCAAUUCUGGACGCUGCCUGCGACGGCCGUUGCAACGGUCAUGGCACCUGCACGCCCGGUGCCGCCAGCCCCGAUUUGGACCCGGCAACCUCUGAAUACGAGUGCGAGUGUGACGAAGGGUUCGCGGGUACCGAUUGCGAGGUAGAUACCGUGGGUUCGGGCACAAGUCAGGGAUCGACCGCGUCAGAUGCAUCCACUUCAAUGGUGAUUGGUGGCGCAGCUGGUGGUGCCAUUUUGCUACUCUUGCUUUUGGUUCUCAUUCUGUUCCGCCGCAAGCAAAAACCUGUGACACCCACGACAUCCGAGGACUUGUACGCGGUCUUGGAGGUCCGCGAUGCGGACAUUUGGGAAGUGGAGCGGCAGUUUGUGCGCCUGGGCGAGAAACUUGGCAAUGGUGCCUUUGGCGAGGUGUUUCGGGCUUGGAUUCGCAACCGCCACAGCGGUGAGGAGCGCGGGUGUGCGGCCAAGACUCUCAAACCAGGAGCGCCUUUCGAGGAGCGUCAAGACUUUUUGUCAGAGAUGACGGUGAUGAAGGAGAUUGGGGCGCACCCCAAUGUAAUUGGCAUCAUCGGGCACUGCUUGCGCGAGGAGCCGUAUAUUCUACUGGUUGAGCUGGCAGACUUGGGCAACCUGCGCGACUACUUGCGUGAGUGUCGGGCGUCGCGAAGCAAGCCGCAAUCCCUUCACGUGAGCCAGAUGGUCGACUUUUGCCUCCAGAUUGCCAGCGGCAUGGCCUUUUUGGAACAGAAAAACGUGAUUCACCGUGACCUCGCCGCCCGCAACGUGCUCGUGGGCAAGAAGCUCGAAUGUAAGAUCAGCGAUUUCGGCCUGGCGCGCAACAUCGAAGGCGAAGAAUACAAGACCACAGCCACCAAGUUGCCCGUCAAGUGGAUGGCUCCAGAGAGCUUGGCGGACCGCAUCUACACUACCAAGUCUGAUGUGUGGUCCUUUGGUGUGACGAUGUGGGAAAUCUUCUCCCUGGGAGGAACCCCAUACAAAGAGUACCGCAACGGUGAUGUUUUCAAUUUGCUGGAGAAGGGCUAUCGUUUGCCCACGCCACGUCAGGCCCCUGCCGAAGCCGACGCCAUUGCCCGCAUGUGCUGGUCGCUGGAAGCAGAAGAUCGACCCACGUUUGGUGAGUUGGUGGAUCUGUUGACGGACAUGAUCAAGGAAAAGAACUUUUCAACGGCCGUACCUGAGGCCGAUAGCGAGGAGCUGUACGAGUCGAUUGCCGACCUGUCUGACGAAAGCGAAGGCUCGGGCAUCCGAGCGCCCGCGCGUGGCUCCAGUGGCGUUGGGGUCUGGAUGGGUGCCGACAUGUACGAGAGCCGUUUCGGCGGUGACGACAUUUACGACAACGAAGCCAAUGGUCAAAUGCUGAGUGAGGGUCCGCUCAUGGCGAACAAGGUCUUUCGUGCCAACGAAAGCAAGAACGCAGAGGGGCCUACCUAUGACGUUCCUGGACCUGCCACAACUGGUCGCUCGGGCCCCAUGGCUGUGUACGACUUUCCCGUUGCCAAUGACACCAGCGGACGCCGGGCCACUGUCUAUGACCGCCAUGCUCAGCCAGCACCCUCGAUCGACUUGCAAAGUAGUGACGCCACCAUUUACGAUUUUGCCCUUGAUGACUUGGAGAUUUAAGGUUCCUCAACGAUUACCAGCGGUUGUCGUGUUCAUGGCAUUUUUGUGGCAACACAACGCAUAUGUGGCAUUCCUGCCUGUCGCUGCUGUCUGCGUAAGAAAAAACCAUUGGUUGUUGAAUUUGCAUCCGGCUUGGGCUCCCUUCUGCUUGCGCGUCCAGUGCAACAAGGUUUUUGCCUUGUACGCCGGAAUUGAUGCAGACUCGG